UUUUCCUUGUCUGGCGGAUGGUUGUUGCCUCAUGUAGACGCACAGCGGUCGCGUAGAAAGAAGGCAGCCAUCUUGAAUCGGGAGCUAGUGGCCGAGCCAUUGCACGAAUAUCUCCUUAAAAAUACUGCGCCUUGUAGUAUGGUACUGAGAGUCCUGAGGAGAAAGGUGUAGGAUGGCGGACAAAAGAAAAUUGCAAGGUGAGAUCGAGAGAUGCCUGAAGAAGGUCAGUGAAGGUGUAGAAACCUUUGAAGACAUCUGGCAAAAGGUGAACAAUGCAACCAACUCCAACCAGAAGGAGAAAUAUGAGAACGACCUUAAGAAAGAAAUCAAGAAACUGCAGCGGUUGAGAGACCAGAUCAAAACAUGGGUAGCAUCAAACGACAUCAAGGACAAAAGGCAGCUGCUGGAGAACAGAAAACUCAUUGAAACACAAAUGGAAAGAUUUAAGGUGGUGGAAAGGGAGACCAAAACAAAAGCGUACUCGAAGGAAGGUUUGGGGCUGGCGCAGAAAGUAGACCCAGCGCAGAAAGAGAGAGACGACACAAUACAGUGGUUAACGGAUUCCAUCGAGAGACUAACACUGCAGGUGGACCAGUUCGAGAGUGAAGUCGAGGCUGUCCAAGCGUCGUCCAAGAAAAAGAAACUUGAUAAGGAUAAACAGGGAAGAGUAGAUGAGUUGAAAAACCUGUUGGAGAGGCAUAGGUACCACAUCAAGCAGUUGGAAACACUCUUAAGAAUGUUGGACAACAGCGCGGUGGAGGUCGAACAAAUAAAAAACAUCAAGGACGAGGUUGAGUACUACAUCGAAGCAUCGCAGGAUCCUGACUUUGAGGAAAAUGAGUACCUAUAUGAUGAUUUUGAUAUGGAAGAAAUGGGUAGGUAUAACCAUGGACUAGAAGACCCUGAGAAGAACCUAGGCACAAUCAUCGCGACGUCGCCGUCGGAGAUCGGUCUCAUGUCGGACGAGGUUUUCGACAAGGAAAAGGCGAACGCAGAGCAGGCGGUGGAGCUGUCCAACUCGAGUUCCCCAACGCCCAACAGUCCCAGCACCAACCAUUCCAAGGAGAAGGACGACAAGAAGGAGAGAAGCAAGUCUACGGACGAGCCGGUGAAACCUGUAGCUACAAGAUCAUCCUCGUUGCCAAGUUCCUCUUCAACAACAACAACUGCAAACGGCAGCAAGACUCCCAGCAAAUCUGCAAGCAUUUCGUCCUCAGCAAGCAAUCACAUUGUAGCGACGCCCCCUGCUGGGCCGGCGUAUGCUGCAGCUGCGGCAGGACAGACCAGUACAGAGAACAGUAACCACGCGUCAGGCCCGGCAUGGUCCGCAGUCACUGCACACCAUAAUGAGACAUCACCAUCAGGUACAGCACAGCAGCCUAGGCCACCCGUCACACCGCCAACAGCCAUCUCCAAACCGCAGCAGAGAAUAACAGAUGGGCAGCUAUCAGAAGCGACAGCAAACAGCUUGAACCACACUGUGGGCUCUGUCCCGAGUAGUGUUGCCCCGACGCCACCCGUCAACUCUGCGCCUGGUCCCAUCGUCAGCCAAACGCCCACACCGAUGACCAUUGCUGCUAACAGUGUUACCUCAACCAAAGACCUUGCAUCGCUAGGGCUGGCCAACAUGUCGUCAGCUGCCACCACGUCGGCCACCAUGUCUGCUCCAUCCACACCCGGCAAGUCUGAGCCCCUCAUGAACGGGCCAUCAUCGCUCAACGCUGCCGAGUACAAGUUUUCACAGAUAACCACCAAUUUGCUGUUCCUUUUCGGACAGGACCAGCAGUCUUCAGAAUCGCUGACGUCGUUGAAAAGCAUGGCGGAGAAGGCGGUGGUAAACGCAGGGUUGGAGGAGCACUUACAGACACAGCAGUUCAGUACUGACGACACAGGAGCCUUCAGCAGCGGUAGUGCAGUACCCACAACACCAACCCUCUCAGACUCUGGCAGGCUAGCGAAAAUCUCAUCCCUGUUCAGCAGCACAACGACAACAACGACAGACUCGCAGGCCAGCGUCGUGCCGCCGCCCACCACAGAAGCCCACCUUCAGCCCAUCCUGGGUGUGGCGCCUCUCGGCCCCGUGCCACUCAGUAAGGACAACGUGUACGGCCUGGGCAUGCUAGAGGCCUCCUACCACCACAUGCCUCACCCGUCCGACUCCGAGAAGCUAAGAAAGUCAAGAGGAUUAUUGGUCUCUGUUGUUUCCAGACAAUACCUGCCCAGAAACCCGUGCCCCACACCGCCUUACUACCCCCAGCACCCGCUGCCUCACUCGGACAGCCUGGAGUUCUUCACCAGACUAUCCACAGAAACUCUCUUCUUUAUUUUCUACUACUUAGAGGGUACGAAGGCUCAGUACCUAGCAGCUAAGGCGUUGAAGAAGCAAUCGUGGAGGUUCCACACCAAGUACAUGAUGUGGUUCCAGAGGCACGAGGAGCCCAAAACAAUCACGGAUGAGUAUGAACAGGGCACGUACAUCUAUUUUGACUACGAGAAGUGGGGCCAACGGAAGAAGGAGGGGUUCACCUUUGAGUACCGGUACUUGGAGGACAGGGACUUGCAAUGAUGGCUGGCGUUUUGGUCUCGCUGGCACGGACUCUCACUUAACUCUCAUCUGUCGUGUGCUACGACUUGUUUACUACUACGGUGUGCAGAGAGAAACACCACACGAUCAUUGUACACAUCUGUUUUCUAGAUUUUCAAGGCCCUGAGAGUUUAUGUACUGUACAAAAUAUGAGGUUGAAUAAUAUUAUUAGAUAACAAUUCUUCUUAUGAAGAUGAAUAAUUAUGAUGAAGAAGAAGAAUGAUGAUUUUUCAGAAAAAGGAAAAACUUCUUAAAACUUGGACAGAGAGAGAGAGAGAGAAAAAACGACAGUUGUUUUGUUUUACUUGUACACAUGACGAACUGCACAUCUUAUUUUUGUACAGCAUGGACAGACAGACAGACAGAUGUGCCAGUUACUAAGGUAACCGUUACCAUGGUAACAACCUCCAGCUGUACGGAUUGCUACUGAAUGGAUGAUGACAAUAAAACAUGGUCCUUCCUG